UGUGGGUGAGACGUACCACCAACGUCUUUUGUUACAUCCUCCUUUUUUCUGUUGCUUCGAAAGCAGUUUCAACUUUUUUGUUUGCUUGUUUGUUUUCUCUCUCUCUUUCGAUGUGAUAUCUGACACAGGAAUUGUUUGAGUGAACCCAGACAGAAAAGGUGAUACAAAAAACAGAAUGCGAUGUGCAAUAAAUAAAAGUGUCGUGUAUUUUUGUUAUAUGUGCAUCAGAGUGAGUGAGGUUAGGCGAUCUUAAUGUCUUACACGAGGUCCAUUUGUUAUAUACACAACACUCGGUUUCUGUCACAGUGACUGAAAUAUUAAACUAGUAUUUUUACGAUCCAUUUUCCCAGUGAAAUUUUAUUAGAAAAUGUGUUAAAGUGAAAUUCACCUAGACUUAGCUGCGUACGUAAGUAGGGAUAAAAAUAUUCUUAUUAAUGGAUAUGUUAAGUAAUAUAAUGACUAGAAACAUAUCUUGCAUGCGUAAGGUGUCUGUUCCGUCAACGAUGAAAUAAGAUACUACGGUAGCGUGUUUAUUUUUAUCAACAAAUCGUCAAGAACAUGAAGGCCUACCAUAUAAUUACACCGUAAUUUUGUGCCUCGACAGUUCGCGAAUGUAGUCUGUUAUAAUUAAAUAAUCAUGACCCAAGCAAUGAGCACAAGAAACUGUGCCCCAUCAACGUCUUCACCUUCGGCAGGAACAAUGUCAGAGUCGUGCACAAACAACAGGGCAUUGGUAACCCCAGUUUUCCUAAAGCAUAAGAUUUCGUUCAGUGUAGAUUCCUUAUUGUCAUCCUGCACCAAUACGAAUAGAAACUUCCAAACAAGACAACUUUUAGAAGGUGAAACCGAAGGUUUGAUUUUAAAUAAUAAACCUUUGUUAAAAAGUGACCAAAGUACUUUAACGCAACCCUUGUCUCCUGUGGUGGGUUCUCUUACCUCGCAAGCAGAUCUUGUGGACGCUUCUACAAACGGCAAUGUUACCAAACAAUGUGACGCUGAGUGUAACGACGACUUGGAAGACGAGGAACUCGACGUUGAUGAUGAGGAAUGCGACGUAGGAAGAAGAAAGCGUUCGUACGAUAAUCAGCUGCAGUAUUUCGACACUAGAAUCAACGACGACUCCAGUGGCACUCGGACAUCUCAGAGUCCUUCAGCUGAUAGGGACGCGGAAGACGGAUCUCCACCGGUUAUGCUGAAACCAUUCCCGCACCCCGGAGUAGCGCUGGGAGGCCUCCACCAGCCAGCAGGAGUUACCGGACCACCUUGCUGGGGCUUCCCCCCUGGGCUCGCCUCGCAGUUGGCGUGGAUGCCGGUCUACAGACCCUCAUCGCCCGUCAAAAAUUUGUUUAGCGGGGGGGACGCGGUGCGAUUGCAGCCCCUAUCCUCCGGACACCAGCACCACCCAGCACCCCCGGUGCGUUGUACUCUGAGGAAACACAAGCCGAACAGGAAGCCACGGACGCCUUUCACGACGCAGCAGCUGCUGUCUCUGGAGAAGAAGUUCCGGGAGAAACAAUACCUGAGCAUCGCGGAGCGGGCAGAGUUCUCAUCCUCCCUGCACCUCACUGAGACACAGGUGAAGAUUUGGUUCCAGAAUAGAAGAGCGAAGGCGAAACGGCUACAGGAGGCCGAGAUCGAGAAAUUGCGGCUGUCGGCCCGACCGCUCUUGCCCCCAUCCUUCGCUCUGUUCGGGGGCCCAGGUGCCCACGGCGCCCCUCCCGGGCCAGGUCUCAUGCCGCCCUUAUUCGCAGCAGCCAUG